UGUCUUUUAUUUUAAUUUUUCUAAAUCCCUGGAAUAUGGGAUAUUUUUUCAGUAUUCAGUGAAGAAAAAAAAAAAGAGCCUUCCCUGGGUCUCCGCGAAAAUGAAUUUGGAGGAAAAUUUGUGAAUCCAACCCAGUGGAUUUGAUAGGCUUGGAAAGAAGAGUCUGGACCAAAGAACAAUUAUCCCGCUAAACAAUUUCAGAUGGAGGUGGAUGCAGACGAGAAGCGCCAUCGCACACGGUCCAAAGGUGUUCGAGUUCCCGUGGAACCAGCCAUACAAGAGCUGUUCAGCUGCCCUACCCCUGGCUGUGAUGGCAGUGGUCACGUUAGUGGCAAAUAUGCAAGACACAGAAGUGUUUACGGCUGUCCUUUGGCAAAAAAAAGAAAGACACAAGAAAAACAACCCCAAGAACCUGCACCUAAAAGAAAGCCUUUUGUGGUUAAAGCUGACAACUCUUCAGUAGAUGAAUGUUAUGAAACAGACGGAACUGAGGAAAUGGAUGACAAGGAAGAGGAGGAGGAGGAAGAGGAGGAGGAAGAAGAGUAUUCUGAUGAUAAUGAGGAACAAGGCGAUGAUGAGGAAGAGGAGGAUGAAGUAGAAGAUCGGGAAGAGGAAGAGGUUGAAGAAGAGGAGGAGGAAGAGGAGGAGGAAGCAGAUGAAGUGGAAGAAGAUGAAGAAGAGGAGGAGGAAGAGGAGGAGGAGGAGGAGGAGGAAGAAGAAGAAAGUGAAAGAAAUCUCCGCUGGAGGAGCUCCAGGAAUAGAUGUUCCAAGGCACCAUUUAGCCUAUAUCAUAUGAAGACAUUCAAGAUGGCUUGUGCUCCAGAAGACCAUCAAAUGAAUUGUCACAAUACUCGAAUGCAAGACACAGAAAAAGACGAUAACAAUAAUGAUGAGUAUGAUAAUUAUGAUGAACUGGUGGCCAAGUCAUUGUUAAAUCUUGGCAAAAUUGCAGAGGAUGCAGCAUACAGAGCCAGGACAGAAUCAGAAAUGAAUAGCAAUACAUCAAAUAGCCUGGAAGAUGAUAGCGACAAAAAUGAAAAUGUUGGUCGUAAGAGUGAGCUGAGUUUAGAUUUAGACAGUGACGUUGUUAGGGAAACUGUGGACUCGCUGAAAUUGUUAGCACAAGGACAUGGUGUAGUGCUUUCAGAAAAUGUUAACGACAGAAAUUAUGCAGAUAAUAUGUCUCAGCAAGAAAAUAGGAAUAUGAACUAUGGAAUGCUGGGGAAGCCUACAAACAAUGGGCUUACAGAAAAAAUGGUGGAAGAGAGUGAUGAAGAGGUGUGCCUCAGCAGCUUGGAAUGUUUGAGAAAUCAGUGCUUUGAUUUGGCCAGGAAACUCAGUGAGACAAACCCGCAAGAAAGGAACCAACAGCAAAACAUGAAUUCUCGCCAACAUGCCAGGCAAGAAGAUGAUUUCCAAGGAAGGACACCUGAUAGGAAUUAUUCAGAUAUGAUGAAUUUAAUGAGGCUUGAAGAACAGUUGAGCCCGCGAUCUAGAACUUUUUCUAGUUGUGCAAAAGAGGAUGGAUGUCACGAAAGGGAUGAUGAUACCACCUCUAUUACUUCAGACAGGUCUGAAGAGGUGUUUGAUAUGACAAAAGGAAACUUAACACUACUUGAGAAAGCUAUUGCUUUAGAAACAGAAAGAGCAAAAGCCAUGAGGGAAAAAAUGGCAAUGGAAGCUGGAAGGAGGGAUAAUAUGAGAUCCUAUGAGGAGCAGUCUCCAAGGCAGCUUUCUGGAGAUGACAGGAAGUCUAAGUCCAGUGACGGCCAUGUCAAAAAGCCAUAUUAUGGUAAAGAUCCCUCAAGAACAGAAAAGAAAGAGAGCAAAUGUCCUACCCCUGGGUGUGAUGGAACUGGCCAUGUAACGGGGCUUUACCCCCAUCACCGCAGUUUGUCAGGAUGCCCACACAAAGAUAGGGUCCCUCCAGAAAUUCUUGCCAUGCAUGAAAACGUACUUAAGUGUCCUACACCAGGCUGCACAGGCCGGGGCCACGUAAAUAGCAACAGGAAUUCUCACAGAAGCCUCUCGGGAUGUCCUAUUGCUGCAGCAGAGAAACUGGCUAAAGCUCAAGAGAAGCAUCAGAGCUGUGAUGCAUCCAAAUCAAACCAGGCAUCAGAUCGUGUCUUGAGGCCCAUGUGUUUUGUUAAGCAGUUGGAGAUCCCUCAAUAUGGCUACAGAAACAAUGUUCCUACCACAACGCCCCGCUCCAACCUGGCCAAGGAACUAGAGAAAUACUCUAAGACUACAUUUGAAUAUAACAGUUAUGACAACCAUGCAUAUGGCAAGAGAGCCAUAGCUCCCAAGGUGCAAUCCAGGGAUAUAUCCCCCAAAGGAUAUGAUGCUAAACGUUACUGUAAGAAUUCAAGCCCAACCAGCAGCACAACCAGCAGUUAUGCCCCUAGCAGCAGCAGCAAUAUGAGCUGUGGAGGAGGCAGCAGCGCUAGCAGCACCUGCAGCAAGAGCAGCUUUGACUAUACCCAUGACAUGGAAGCAGCGCACAUGGCUGCUACUGCUAUACUGAAUCUUUCCACUCGUUGCAGGGAGAUGCCUCAGAACCUCUCCACUAAACCUCAGGAUCUCUGUUCCAGGAAUCCUGAAAUGGAAGUUGAUGAAAAUGGGACGUUAGAUUUGAGCUUGAACAAGCAAAGGCAGCGAGACGGUUGCUGCACCAUUUUGACGCCACUGGAACCAAUGUCACCGCAACAACAGGCUGUUAUGAAUAACAGGUGUUACCAACUGAAUGAAAGUGACUGUUGGGACUUGCCGGUGGACUACACAAAAAUGAAGCCUAGUAGGAUAGAUGAAGACGAUUCAAAAGAAAUUAAUCCAGAAGACUUAGAUCCUUUUCAAGAGGCAUUAGAAGAAAGAAGGUAUCCUGGGGAAGUCACCAUCCCAAGCCCUAAACCCAAAUAUCCUCAAUGCAAAGAGAAUAAAAAGGAUUUAAUAACUCUGUCUGGCUGCCCAUUGGCUGACAAAAGUAUUCGAAGUAUGCUGGCCACAAGCUCACAGGAACUCAAGUGUCCCACGCCUGGUUGUGACGGCUCUGGGCAUAUUACUGGAAAUUAUGCUUCACAUCGAAGUCUUUCUGGUUGUCCACGAGCAAAGAAAAGUGGAAUCAGGAUAGUACAAAGUAAAGAAGAUAAGGAAGAUCAAGAGCCAAUUAGAUGUCCAGUUCCUGGUUGUGACGGUCAGGGUCAUAUAACUGGGAAAUAUGCAUCUCACCGUAGUGCAUCAGGGUGCCCUCUAGCUACUAAAAGGCAAAAAGAUGGGUACUUGAAUGGCUCCCAGUUUUCUUGGAAGUCAGUGAAGACGGAAGGUAUGUCAUGUCCAACCCCAGGAUGUGAUGGCUCAGGACAUGUCAGUGGUAGUUUUCUUACACAUCGGAGUCUAUCAGGAUGCCCCAGAGCUACAUCAGCAAUGAAGAGAGCAAAGCUGUCAGGAGAACAAAUGCUUACAAUAAAGCAGCGGGCUAGCAAUGGUAUAGAAAAUGAUGAAGAAAUUAAACAGUUAGAUGAAGAAAUAAAAGAACUAAAUGAAUCCAACUCCCAGAUGGAAGCUGAUAUGAUUAAACUCCGAACUCAGAUUACCACAAUGGAGAGCAACCUGAAGACGAUAGAAGAGGAAAACAAAGUAAUUGAACAACAAAAUGAGUCUCUUCUUCAUGAAUUGGCCAAUUUAAGCCAAUCUUUAAUUCAUAGUCUAGCUAAUAUCCAGCUACCGCAUAUGGAACCAAUCAAUGAACAAAAUUUUGAUGCUUACGUGACCACUUUGACGGACAUGUAUACAAAUCAAGAUCGUUAUCAGAGUCCAGAAAAUAAAGCCCUACUGGAAAAUAUAAAGCAGGCUGUGAGAGGAAUUCAGGUGUGAACAGCUGCUGUAGUGGUGAAAAAUCUUACCUUUAAAAAAAAUGAUGCCUCUUGUUUUUUGCUGCUGUAAUUUACCAGAAAGUGUUAUAUAUAUAUUUCUUUCUGUUUGAAACAGUGUUAUGCUUACAAGACUUCAUAAUAAUUUUAUGUCUUGCUUUAAAGAUAGUAACCGCAGAAUAGUUUUUUGAAUACAUUCACAUUUUGUACGUUUUCAUAUAAGCUGACAUAGUGUGAUAUGCCAUGUAAUGUUUAUAGCUGCUAAUGUAUGCACAUUUUUGGGGUAAAUAUAUUUCUGAAGAGGUAAGCUGAUCAAAAUAAAUAGAGUGUAAAUUCUUUUUAAUGCUUUAGUGAUUAAAUGUUUUAGUAUUUUGAACUGAAAUGGACAAAAAAGAAAAAAAAAGAAAACCCGCUUUGAAUGACAAUGUUGCAGUCUGCGGCCACUUUUUAAACACUCUCAUUUUGUCUCAUGCUGGAGGAUUUUAUGGGAUUUAAGAAAUACAUUUUGUGUGCAUAUGGUUUCAUAGCAAGAAUUGGUUGCAAAAAUGCUUUAUUUUUGAACAAUGCUUGAAAAUAUUGUGUGACUUUUUGUUUUCAGAGGAUGGUAUGUGGUGGGGGCAAUAAAAAGAGGGUUUUUUAAAAAAAAUUCCAAGCAAAGGGCAUGAAUUAGAUGUGAGAUGUAGAAGGAGUAAUUUAUUGUAAGACAACAUCAAGCCAUGGAAACUUGACAGAAGAUUCAAAGCAGCUUAAACAGCACUUUUUAAUUAACUUCUAAGCAUUGCAUGGUGUGAAUAUGGGAACUUACAUAAUGACAGGAGCUCUAUCAGAGGUGGACAACGUGAAGAUUUCAACUUUUGUUUUCAAAUACACUUUGGAGCCAACAUCCUCUUAUCUCUCCAGGACUCUUAAGAGUGUCCAUCUGAGUUACUGUUACAGCAACAUAGUUCAUCUUCUCAGAAGUUCAGUCUUUCCUUCUUAAGGAGAAAGGCAAUAAUUUAAAAGAAAUAUUGCCUUUUUUAAAAAAAUGUUUUUCAUUUGGGAAUUAACCCAAAAGUUUUAUCAUUACAGCAGUUACUGACCUGGAUUCAUUGCUACUUUGCGUAGGAAAUGGAAUGCAGUUCAGUUAAUUUGUUCUUUUUGCUUUAUUCCCUUUUUUCACUGUUUGGGUUCUGCUUUUUUUUUUUUUAUUGGCGUACAAUCAUUACUACUGUGGCAUUUCCAUAUGCUAUCUAUUUGUUCUACUGUUACCUAUUGCAAAAAAAAUGAAUGCAAUCAAAAAAUUUAAUGUAACUAAAUAUACUUUGGCACUUUUUUGCUUUAAAUUGCAUCAUUUCAAGCUAAAAAAAAUUGUAUUGUACUUUUCAGAUUUGAUUGUUAUUUCUUCAAAAUAACUGCACUAUAUGUAUGCAUAAGACCACUUUUUCUUGCGACAUUUUUGUUUUCCAUUUAAAGUAGUAAUUCAGAUGGCGUGUUGUGUUUGUCAGACGUUGAAUUAAUUUCAAUUUGAUAGCAUAUCUUUUCCUUCCAUGUCUUGAUGUUAUGCAGAAAGUACAAAAGUACUUUAAAAAAAAUUUUGUUAUGAAAAAAGAUGGGUUUUGUAAAAUAAUAAUAAUAAUAAUAAUAAAAUAAAAUAUUUUUAGCAGAACAGGACUUACAGGGUCAUUGUCCCCACAAUGUGCCAGUUGACUAUUUGCACUUACCUUGCCCUAUAUAUCCAUACGGAGGUGUGCAAUUUCUUGUGUCAUUCGCUUUGUGACACUAAAUUUGAACAAAUUACUAGAGUGGAAGCCAAUGUGGCUAAUCCAAUAAUAUUGCUAAGGGGAGACUACAGGGAUCUCACAACAAAUAUUCUGAUACAAUACUCAACCUCGGUAUAUAUAUAUGUAUAAAUAUAUGUAUAUCCCAGCGGCACUUUAUACUAUUCACUGUACAAAAAGCUUACAGUUUUCCACGAGGACUUUAAUAACUAGCUGGGAAAAGAUUAUGUAAUUACUUUGGGGCUCUGCAGUAUCUUCUCUGUAUUGCGCCCUCCUUUCUGUUGUGCUAUUAGUUGUAGCUGCCAUGCUCAGAAUUGCCUUUUUGAGAGCUGAAGCAAGGUGCUUGUUGUUCACCUUCUGCCAUAUAUAUUGUACUUUUUGCCCUAGCCUUCUUUUAGGGCUCUCAUUGUUCAUAAUGGCAUAUGCAUUUUUCCACUGCAUUGUGUCUGCAGCUUCUUUGCCAAUAUAGUAACGCUUUCUGUAGAGUAAUAGAUAGUAUCAGUUUUGGAUUCUUAUUGUUAUCACCUAUGUACAAUGGAAAAGGGAUUUUAAGCACAAAUCCGCGCUGCUCAUCUAAUGUUGGUACAUAAUAUCAAAUCAAAAGUUAUCUGUGACUAUUAUAUAGGGAUCACAAAAGUGUCACAUAUUAGAAUGCUGACCUUUCAUCUGAAAUUAUUGUGAGUCAUCAGAGUUUAUUUAUUCUAACUUAUUGUUCAUUUUCAUUUCUAAGUUUAAUUUAAGUGAUCAUUUAUUAAGACAGAAUUUUGUAUAAACUACUUAUUGUGCUCUCUGUGGAACUGAGGUUUGAUUUAUUUUUGUACUACACGGCAUGGGUUUGUUGACAUUUUAAUUUUGCUAUAAAUGUGUGAAAUCACAAGUUGCUGUGAUAACUUCAUUUUUAAAUUGUGAAAUUUGUACAAAUUUUGUCAUGCUGGAUGUGAACACAUCUUACUCUAAAUAAAUAAAUAAAUAAAAAUGUGUUGCCACAUUUGUAGCACA